CCGGUGACGUCACUUCCGGGCGCCUAAGACUAGACCAGGCCACGGCUGUUUCUUCAGAAGGUGACUGUACUGGCUUAACAUCCAGCCUCCCUGAGUGAGGCUUUUUGCUCCCCACCGACAGAGACUCCGUCGCUUCCCAGCCAGCCAGUUCCAGCUGUGUUCAGAGUAAGGAAACCGGACUCUUCUGGAGAGGCUGCGGGGGCUCGAUCGAGUCUGCGAGCAGUUGACUCCCAUCUCAGUCUCUGCAGGAAUUAUUGUCGAGUAGUAAGUAUGCUAAUAUUAAGUAAGGCAGCCGGAGUGUUCUCCAAACCACCAAACAGUAAAGUUUAUGAAUUUUUAAGAACUUUCAAUAUUCUUCUGGGAACACGUUUUCAUCAUAAACUAGUACUGGGAAUUGAAACCAGCUGUGAUGAUACAGCAGCUGCUGUGGUGGAUGAAACUGGAAAAGUGUUGGGAGAGGCAAUACAUUCUCAGACCGAAGUUCAUCUACAAACAGGCGGGAUUGUCCCUCCAGUAGCUCAGCAGCUCCACAGAGAAAAUAUUCAACGCAUCGUAGAAGAAACUCUUUCUGCCAGUAGAAUCUCUCCACAUGACCUCUCAGCGAUUGCAACUACCAUCAAGCCAGGCAUGGCUCUAAGCUUGGGAGUAGGCUUAUCCUUCAGCUUACAGCUCGUCAAUCAGUUUAAAAAGCCAUUCAUUCCUAUUCAUCACAUGGAGGCCCAUGCACUUACGAUUAGGCUGACCAAUAAAGUAGAAUUUCCAUUUUUAGUUCUUUUGAUUUCUGGAGGUCACUGUCUGUUGGCAUUAGCCCGAGGUGUUUCAGAUUUUCUGCUUCUUGGGAAGUCUUUGGACAUAGCACCAGGUGAAAUGCUUGACAAGGUGGCAAGAAGACUUUCUUUAAUCAAACAUCCAGAAUGUUCUACGAUGAGUGGUGGGAAGGCUAUAGAAUAUUUGGCCAAACAAGGAAACAGCAGCCAUUUUACUAUCAAUCCUCCUAUGCAGAAUGCUAAGAAUUGCAGUUUUUCUUUUACGGGAAUUCAACAAAAUAGCUACAAGCUAAUAGCACUCAAGGAAAAAGAAGAAGGCAUUGAGAAGGGACAGAUCCUGUCAUCAGCUGCAGACAUUGCUGCUGCGGUGCAACAUACAACAGCAUGCCACCUUGCGAGAAGAACACAUCGUGCUAUUCUGUUUUGCAAGCAGAAAGAGUUGUUAUCUUCAGCUAACGCAGUCUUAGUUGUAUCUGGAGGUGUUGCAAGUAACUUGUAUAUCCGAAAAGUGUUGGAAAUUGUAGCAAAUGCAACACAAUGCACUUUGUUGUGUCCUCCGCCCAGACUGUGCACUGAUAAUGGCGUUAUGAUUGCAUGGAAUGGAAUUGAAAGAUUACGUGCUGGCUUGGGCGUUUUACAUGAUGUAGAAGACAUCCGAUAUGAAUCAAAAUGUCCUCUGGGAGUAGACAUAUCCAAAGAAGUCGCAGAAGCUGCCAUAAAAGUCCCACAAUUAAAAAUGACAAUUUGAUUUUUGAUUUUUAAAGAUCUCUACAGUUGCAAACUAAAGAAACUUCCUGUAGAUAAUGGGAUAGCGCUAGUGGCCAAACAUUUUAAUCAUUCUACCUUAUGUACCUGAUGGCAGUGAUUCCAGAUGCUACUGUGAGUAUUUAGAUGUUACAUAUCACAGGUUUCAGAAGCCUCGCAUAAUAGUACUUAUUAUUUGACAGCUGAAGUGUUAUAGUAAAAGUGUUAACAUGGGGCUGUUUAAUUCAGCAUACCAACUCAAACUCUUGAGACAAAAAUACAUAGGUACACACACAUACACAUAUUAUUCUACUCAAAACAGCCAAUAAAUCUGAUACAAAAAUUCUUAUUUUUUUGAGGCAAUAUUGAACUGAUGUUAAAUUCCAUGUGAAACACUGGAAAGAAAAAGUUUUCAGUGUGAAUAUAAAUAGCUUCCAUUCAAACAACAACACAAAUUCCACCCCCUGAAAAUACUGUAUAUUUUAUUGCAAUAAACAGUAUUUGUUUUCAGAAAGA